AUGGUGUCUCAAAGUGGAACUGUUCAAGAGUCAAAGACUGCACCUUUAUCUAGGUCAGGAUCUUUGUAUAAUCUAACCCUUGAUGAAGUUCAAAACCAUAUUGGUAAUUUAGGGAAACCACUUGGAAGUAUGAACCUUGAUGAGCUUCUCAAGAGUGUGUGGAGUGUUGAAGCUGGCGAGGUUUCUGAUUUCGGUAGAGAUGGUGCUGCUAACAUGCAGCAGAAUCAACUUAGCGAGAUGAAUCGACAGGGGAGUUUAACAUUAUCUGGAGAUAUUAGUAAGAAAACUGUUGAUGAAGUAUGGAAAGAUAUGCAAGUAAAGAAGAGGGGUGUUGAUAGGGAUAUGGAAGCACGCGAAAGACAACAAACACUUGGUGAAAUGACUUUGGAGGAUUUCUUGGUGAAAGCUGGUGUUGUUGGUGAAUCUUUUCAUAAUAAGGAAGGCGGUGAUUUGUUAAGGGUUGGUUCGAAUGAGGAUUCUCGGAAAAAUGUAUCACAGCAUGAUCAUCAUUGGAUGCAAUUUCAGCUUCCUUCAACAACGCAGCAGCCUCCACAGCAUCAGCAUGAAAAGCAUUUGAUGCCUGCUUUUAUGGCUGUUCAUGCCAUUCAACAACCUUUUCAAGUUGCAAGGAAUCCAGUUUUGGAUGCAGCGAUGUCACCGUCUUCUUUAAUGGGUGCUUUUUCAGAUACACAAACACUAGGUCGAAAAAGGGUUGCUUCUGGUAUAGUGGUAGAGAAAACCGUGGAGAGGAGGCAAAAGAGGAUGAUUAAAAAUCGGGAAUCUGCUGCUCGGUCAAGAGCUAGAAGACAGGCUUAUACACAAGAACUGGAACUUAAAGUUUCACGCUUAGAAGAGGAAAACGAAAGGCUUAGACGACAGAAUGAGAUAGAGAAGGAGGUGCCAUGUGUGCCGCCACCUGAGCCUAAGAAUCAGCUACGCCGAACUAAUUCAGCAUCCUUCUGA